GUAACCUGGAUGACUGAGAAGGUUCACUUCACUAAGUGAAUCUGUUGAUUAUUUAUAAAAUAUUAUAAAAUAGUGAAACAGUUUAUUAAAGCCCAAGGCAAUUAUUUACAACCACAGAAAGAAAAAAAACAAAUCAGAGAUUGUUCAGUUUCGCUUUAACAAAAAUAGAUGAUCAAAAUAGUUGCUGACUCAUUGAUUAACGGUCAGUUUCAGCUCUGCUUUUCAUACUUAUCCUUAUGUGACACUUUAAGUAAGUAUUUUUAUAUUGUGGUAUUACUACUUGUAUUCAAGUAAUGGAUCUGAGUACCUCUUCCACUACACACUCACAAGAUAUUCCAAAGUCAAUGCAACUAAUAUAAUUUAUUUCCAACCUUCUCAGAACUAUGGGUUAUCUAAACAUAUGUCUGAGUACAAAGCAGAGCAAUGAUUAACGAAUGACUUCAUGAAUUUGAUGUAUUUAAGUUUCCACCAUAAGAGUAUUACUAUAAUGUUCCUUCAUGACUGUAUACAUUUUGUGAAUUUUGUAUCACAUCCCUAAUCGAUUUUUAACAGCAUAACAGUGGGUAUUUUAUUUUGAAAGGUUUUAAAGGGCAAAUCCACCCUAAAAUCAAAACCAUGUUAUUUUUCUGUAAUAUUGAAGCAACUCCUUGGACGCUGUUGAUUUCCUCAAGAUAUCUUUUCUGAUUCACAAACCAUAAACUCUAUAUUCAAAUAAAAUCCCUUUGCAUGUUAUGUCACUCAGAAAAAGCCAACGAGACAGAUUCAGUCAUCACCAAAUCACCGUUAAUAACCACCUCCACAAGUGCCACCUGAUCCACAAUUCAAUACAAUCCACUGCCACAUCAUCACUGGAGCUGCACGGUAAAAGACUCCGUUUUAGGGUGGACUUUCCCUUUAAGUGACAAAUUUAUGCAACAACAUCUCACCGUGCACCUGCCUCAGUCAGCACCACGGACAGCGACCCUGCCAGCUCUCCACACACCGCUGCGGCACCGCCUCCUCCCGCACACACUGCUAGACACACAGCGGGCCCCGGGGGGCAGGGCAUGUUCAUUUUGUAAUGACUACCAGGCUAAUAGAGCAUAAUCUACGAUCAUGUUACUGCGGCACUGACAGCCAAACCGUAGAAGGCAAGAUGCGGACUUCCCAGUAGACACCCCCCUCCGUUUUCUUCCUUCCAGCCACCGGAAAGAACCCCUUAAUUUGGCUUUCACCGAUCAACAACAUGCCUCCGUCGACUCGUCUUGGGCUUUUCUUAGGGUGGAGUGCCACUAAGUGAUUACAGAUGUAAUGCACGCCGGACAAGUAGCUCGUCUUGCUUGAGGGACUCUGCAGAGCAAGGUAGUGAAAUCUCUUCCUCUUCCUACUUCCACGCCCUGGCUUUAUUAUCAAUAGCUGCCCAGCACCAUGUCCCCUCCAGCAUCGGCUGCGACAGCGAGUGAAAGCAGUACGACCACCGUCUUCGAGGAGGACACCAGGGAGGAGCAAAGACCCCUGAAGCAAUCUCUGAGCAAGUCACUAUGCCGGGAGAGUUUUUGGAAAUGCCUGCUCCUGUCCAUUCUCAUGUAUGGCUGCAUGGGAGCGAUGGUUUGGUGUCAUGUCACCAAGGUGACCCGCCUCACCUUUGACAGUGCCUUUAAAGGGAAAUCCAUGAUGUACCAUGACAGCCCCUGCUCUGAUGGCUAUAUCUACAUCCCUCUGGCUCUACUGGGCAUGCUCUAUUUAGUCUAUCUUGUGGAGUGCUGGCACUGUCAUGUGAAGAAUGAACUGCAGCACAAAGUGGAUGUGGAGGGCAUCUAUGAACGCAUCCAAAGGAUGCAGCAAGCUAAACCCUGCAUCUGGUGGAAGGCCAUCAGCUAUCACUAUGUUCGCCGAACGCGACAAGUCACACGCUACCGCAAUGGAGAUGCUUACACUAGUACCCAGGUUUACCAUGAACGUGUCAACACCCAUGUGGCAGAAGCUGAAUAUGAUUACAGUCACUGUGGUGUGAAAGAUGUUUCCAAGCAGCUGCUGGGCUUGGAGAAGUCUGCUCUAACAAAGAUGCGGUUCACCAAGUGCUUUAGUUUUGCCAACGUAGAGUCUGAGAAUUCCUACCUUACACAGCGAGCACGGUUUUUUACUGACAAUGAGGGCCUUGAUGACUACAUGGAAGCCAGGGAGGGGAUGCACCUGAAAAACAUUGACCUGAAGGAGUAUGUCAUGGUGCUGUGUGAUCCAGAGCAUCACCCCUGGUAUCUGUCCCACUACGUCUUCUGGUUUGCCUCAUUCCUCACUUUCUCCUGGCCUCUCAGAGUCUUCACCGAGUAUCAUACUGCAUAUGUCCACUAUCGUGUUGAGAAGCUCUUUGGGCAUGAUUACCUCCCUGUGACCCCAUGUGAUGAUCGGCCAUAUUGGCGUCGUAUCCCUCGUGUUAACACCAUUGACAGUACAGAACUGGAAUGGCACAUCCGGUCCAACCAGCAACUGGUGCCCAGUUACUCAGAGGCCGGCCUGAUGGACCUGGCCCAGUGCCCCACCAGCUUUAGUGGGAUACGUCAGAAUUGUGAGCGCUGCCACAGAGCCAUCAGCUGCUCCUCAGUGUUCUCCAGGAGCGCCCUCAGCAUCUGUACUGGUGCCAGCUCCCGCAUCCCCUUCAGUGGCAGUCGGUUCUCCUUGGCGCGGCGCUACGGCUCCCAGCGCAGCUGCUUCUGGAGGAGUGGCAGCUUAGAUGACCAGGAGAGUCCCAGCGAAAACACACGCUGUCUAUCAGAGCGCCUCACCACAGAUGAUGAGGGACCCCCAGACUACGAGGAUGCACUUUGCUACCCAGUGCUCAUUGUCCACUGCAGUGAGAAUUGCCACAACCACAGGUCUUUCCACAGAAAUGGCUCCUGCGUGGAGACUUCCUUAUGACUAUGCACUCACUGACAAAACACACUGGCAUUUCUGUAGCAUACAAACACUUUGGACAUCAGAGACAGAGUGUGUAAACAAGUCUUAAUGUGAGAUACACAGAUUCAUACUGUAUUGUCAUACUAUCUGAAACAAAUGCCUGAAUCCUGAAUGUGUGAGUCACCAAAGCAAUAACAGUGAUUAGUGAGUGGAGAACAAAGCAACAGUGGUAUGUGAACCUACUAGGAUACACACACACAGGAAUAUUAUAUCUGCUUACAAUGAAAACAAGCAGACAACGACUGUUACACUGUACGUCAUUGCCAUAGCUUUUAAGAUCUCAUAUGUACUCUACAUAUGAAACUGAAACUGAAACUGCAGUUACCUCAUAAGACCUUUUCAGAGGCCACGGACAACACAGGCAGGUUUAAACAUCUCAUUCAGUCUCAGUAACACAAACACAUCAGAGCUGAGCAGUCAGAUAAAGUUGGUGAUUUUGAUGAUUUUAUCAUAAUCAAGAAUGGUAAGGAGGAGUUCCUACAAGUUUUAACCUACUUCUAAUUACUGCAAUAACUGUGAAAAUAAAUACUUCUCAAGUCAAACAGUAAAAGGAGGGAUAUCGGUUGCGCUUAUGCAUAUCACAACGAUACAUUGAUCAAUAUGGAAACCUCCAGUCCAAAAGAGACAAAUGAACUCUUGGAUACUCACUCACUGUUAUACCAAUCUCUGACGUUGGAAAAAUUUGCAUUAAUUGUGUGAAGUGUUGUAAUUUUACUUUAUUCUUGUACCUACUUUUUUAUCAACAUGCCGAAUCUAUUUCUACUUCAGUUAGUGACUUUCUGCAUUUCCCAGAAUGCCUUUUGCAGAACAGAGGUAUAAACCUAUUUUCAGCUGUGGGUUUCAUGUGUUGCUGGAAAGUGAAGAUAAAGAUAGUAAAAAGCAGAGUAACCACUCUUCUAAUUGAGAAAAAUGAACAAACCUCUGUUGCAUUCUGAUCUAUUGAGGCUACUGUGGGAUGGAGAAUUUGAUAGACUUCUUCUACUAUGGAUUUUCUUCAUGUUUGACUGUUGACUGUUGGUGCUAUAUGGCAGCUCCAGAGGGAAACACACCUUUCUUUUGGAUAUUGAAGGACUACCACCUAAAAACUGAUGUUUACAGUUGAUGCUUUUGAAAUAUUUGUCCUACAAACCUCCACUGUAGAUGUUGGAAUUAUCUCAAUGUGCUGACACAUUGUCACUGUUUGGUUAUCUGCAAGGGCACAAGAAACCACAAAACAGAAUCAUAACAUUGUUCUAUUUAACAUUGCUAAGGUGAUUUAGGUUGGAUUUUUUGCUUUAACAUUGCUGACAUGAUUUUUCUUGACUGACCCAGAAACUGCAAAAUCUAACUCUCUAACGCUUUCUAGUUCAGGGCUGCCCAAACUUUUACCCAUUGAGGGCUAAAACUAAAACUUAAUGGUGGGCAAUGGGCCAAAAGCAAAAAUCUAUUGUAUUGUAAUGUAUUGUUAACAUGCAAAAUAGUACUAGAAAGUUCCCUUAAUUGACUGACUGCAGUGUCACUCUGCCCACUGUGCUCAGAUAUAUUUAAAAGCAUAUUUACCUCACAAUAAAGAAAACACCAUAAAAAGCCAUUUAUAUUAUUAUCUAAAUUUUUUUUUUUUUUUUUUUUUUUAUAGUUUGGGGCACUUUUGGCAGCCCUGGUCUAAUCAUAUGAGCCACAUUGUGAAAAAUCAAUCAUCCAUGAUCAAUUAAGUACAUUUUGUCCUAAAUUAGACUUUUUUUCUACCUACUGCCACAACAAAACCUGCCGGCAACUGUGGUACAAACACACAUACAUGUCAUUAUACUAAUGUUGUGGUCCGAAAAGACAAGUACUGGUUUACAUUGAAUUGACAAUACAUUUGAACAGGUAAUGGUCACAUCAGUCACCACUGUCAUAGAUUUAGCUGCAAAAAAAAAUCAUAGUCAUUAAAUCCAUGCUCAAAUUUGCAUGAUUUUCCUCUGCUAAGACAAUAUCUUAAAAACCAUAAACAUACCUGAAUGUAAACCACCAGCGUAUAUGAUAUACUGUAGUAUAUGUCUAUUAUGUGUCUAUAGUAAAGGAAUAAUGCUUCAUUUUUCAUCUGUAAAACAGUGAUUUCACUGUCCAGUGUAUACUGAAUGUGUUCAGAGAGUGACAGAGCACAGCACACACCAAUGUGUCACCAUGUUUCCUAAAGAGACUUUGGAUGUUGAUAUUUGAUUUAUCUGGAGGACCCCUGACUCUUUUGAGUGGAGUUUACAGGCAGUAUAUGCAAGGAUGUAAAUGCACUUACGUUUACACAAGGACAUCAUACAAACUUUAUAAGACUUUUUUAUAACAUCUAACAGGAACUUAUUGUAUGCAUCCUAGCAAAUAACACCUUGUUCUUACAUUGUUUUAAAUAAUGUAGUGACACCAGUAUUAUGCACUUGAAGUGACACUAGACAUUAUGAAUUGUAGUGAAGCUGAAUGUUGAUGUAAAUUCCCUUAAAGUAAUAAAGUAUUCAAGCUGAUAUAUUGACAAAUACAUAAAAACAAUACAUGACCACUUAAAGCUUCUUGUAAAAUGUAAAAAAUGUUCUUGUUGUCAUUAUAUUCAAAUGGGCUGUAUAAAUAACUUGAUUACCUUUUAAAAUAUGUAUUCAAUUUUAUCUUAUGCUGGAAAAAUAAAAGUUGCAAUAAAUGUCUUGGGCAAACCCAUGUAUAUUUAAAAAACAUUA